CCCAAACCCCGUCUUCUCUGUCGCUCUGCAUGUGAGGAGAGAAACUACGGGCUGGAGAAACCGCACUCAAAAAUAUUAAAUAAAAUUAAACAUAGGAGAACUGGGGGCUUUGCUUCUGACUGUUAGUUAAAGAGAAUAAGAGGCUCGAGGAGGAAGACGACUUUCCACUUUGGGCUUUUUAUUGUUAUUGAGCAGGAAGGAACUUGGGUUUGGGCUUCGUCUUGGGCUCCAGAAUCAUACAAUUUCAAUUAGAAUUAAAGAUUGACGAAAGCAUAUUAGAUCAUUCAUAUAUACACAUACAUAAGGGACUGGCUGAGUAUGGACUAUAUUCAGGGGUAACCGCUCAGCUCGCCAGAGCUUCGGAGACAGAUAGGAAGGAAGCUAGGAUUUCGGGGCAGAGAAUCAUCUCUCUUAACCGGAAAAGCUUCGAAAACUCAACCAAAAUCGGGAUAGUAAAAGAUGGGGAAUUUAUUUGUGAAGAAGCCCAAGAUCACGGAAGUGGAUCGAGCGAUUCUCUCUCUCAAGACCCAGCGACGCAAGCUCGGCCAGUAUCAACAACAGCUUGAUGCUGUCAUUGAAGCAGAAAAGCAAGCAGCAAGAGACUUGAUUCGUGAAAAGAAAAAGGACAGGGCCUUGUUAGCAUUGAAGAAGAAAAAGGCACAAGAAGAAUUAUUGAAGCAAGUUGACGCCUGGCUUAUUAAUGUUGAGCAACAGUUGGCAGAUAUUGAACUGACAAGCAAGCAGAAAGCUGUUUUUGAUAGUUUAAAGGCUGGUAAUAAUGCUAUUAAAGCUAUACAAAGUGAGAUCAACCUGGAGGAUGUCCAAAAAUUAGUGGAUGAUACCGAUGAAGCUAAAGCUUAUCAAGAUGAAAUUAAUGCUAUAUUGGGGGAGAAAUUAUCAGCAGAAGAUGAAGAAGAAGUUUUGGCAGAAUUUGAGAACUUGGAAAGUCAGAUCAUCCUUCAAGAUCUGCCUGAUGUUCCAAAUUCAACACAAUCUUCCGAAGAACACAACGAGAAUCUGAACCUUCCAGAUGUACCAACCAAAGCGCCAGUCGCACCUGAAGUGGUUGCAGAUGAUGCUGAAGUAUCCACAAAGAGGAAAGUCUUGGAGGAACCAUUGCCAGCUUGAUUGGGAAAA